GGAGCGGACGGGGAAGUGUCUGUCUCAAUCUCACAGACAGAAAGCCUUACGCCUUACUUAUUUCCCAGACUGGAAGGGAAGUCGACGGGUUGAUUUCUACAUAUAAAUUGAUAAACACAUAAAAAACAAUGCGUCUCCCUCGAAAAUGUUGGACCUUAUGCACCACCAUAAGUAUCAUUGUGAUUCUUUUUAAAACAAAGGACAUAACAAGAUCGGAGCACCACCAAACGCUGCCAGGGGAUGGAGAAGCGAGUCCAACGCGGCUGAUGGUUAAUACGUCCAGGAAACUAAAUGGGAAGAACCUUCUUCCGCGCUUCCAGCACUCGGUGAAGGGGUGGAAAAACAACGCUUCUCUAGUUAUCAAGAUCAGGAAGGAUAUUCUUCGAUUUUUAGAUGCUGAGAGAGACAUUUCAGUUGUGAAAAGCAGCUUGAAGCCAGGGGAUGUAAUUCAUUAUGUGCUGGACAGGCGUCGAACUCUCAACAUCUCGCACAAUUUGCACAGUCUUCUCCCAGAGGUGUCACCAAUGAAGAACAAGCGAUUCAAUACUUGUGCAGUUGUUGGUAACUCUGGGAUUCUGCUUGGUAGUGGAUGUGGAAAAGAGAUCGACAGUCAUGAGUUUGUAAUAAGGUGUAAUCUUGCGCCCCUGUUGGAGUACGCUGAUGAUGUUGGACUCAAAUCUGAUUUUGUCACAAUGAAUCCAUCAGUUGUGCAGAGAGCAUUUGGAAGUCUUCAGAGUGAGACAGACAGAGAGAAAUUUGUCAACAGGCUGGCAUUAUUGAAUGACAGUGUUCUCUGGAUCCCAGCGUUCAUGGUUAAAGGAGGGGAAAAGCAUGUCGAGUGUGUAAAUCAGCUGAUUCUGAAGAAGAGAUUGAGCAUACAGACAGCCUAUCCAUCCCUACGACUUAUACAUGCUGUCAGAGGGUAUUGGCUGACAAACAAGGUUUACAUCAAACGACCAAGUACUGGCCUGCUGAUGUACACACUUGCAACUCGGUUCUGUGAUGAGAUCCACCUUUAUGGAUACUGGCCCUUCCCAAAGGAUGCGAAAGGUGCCCAGGUUAAAUACCACUACUAUGACAAUUUAAAGUACAGAUAUUUUUCUCAUGCUGGGCCUCACCGAAUGCCGCUGGAGUUCAAAACAUUAAAAUCUUUACAUGACAAAGGAGCCUUGAAAUUAACCACUGGGAAAUGCAUCCAACCCUAGACGUCAGAGCACAAGAGCAAGAUGGUGCGAUGUUUGCACAUAGUAGAUUUUACGUGAAAGACAACUCCUCAGUGAUAAUUACAGCAAAGCUGGGAAAUGCACAACACCCCGACUACAUUUACUGCUUCAGAUUGUUGUAAUGAAAUACAAUUUCACUGCUUGGAGCAAAGAGCAAGCAAUGAUGUGUUAACAAUUGAUUGAAUAUUGAUCGACAGAAUGGUUCAGGUAUUGUUGCUGGCAGAGCUCUGCAUCCAUUGGAGACUCAGAUGUCCUGAGAACAAAACGGGGCCACGGUGUUAACUCGAGGUUAGUACUUGUAUUGAGCAGCUCUCUCAGCGAGCAAUCAAUGCCAAAGUGCUGCCGUAUGUAAUAAUCAUAACUGAGCCACAGUUCAAAGAGACAACUUUUCUUAUCUACUCAGUUUGAAUCAGCUGAGGGUAACAUCUGCUGUACGAAUUAGAAGGGCAAGAGUGGACUGAAGAGACUGAUAGCACUCUGCUCAUUGUCACCAGUAGAUACAUAGCUCAAAGAAUGUGGAGAAGCUGUGUAAUGUAAUGUGCUGAAUGUGAACUGUAAACAUGUUAAAGGGUGCCCUUUCUGCUGGUACCAAAGAUCUUUAUAUACUGAUCCUGUUAGAAGUUGCUUGUAUUUGCUAUAUAACUUGGGUAAAACGUUUUGUGCAAUUUCUACGUUUGGUUUCAGUUGGAGGAACAAGAAGGUAAAGUGGACUAAAUAAAAAGCACAGGUUACAAGAUCCUUAAAGCAUGGGGAACUCUACUAGUUCUUAAAAAUUAAAUUGUUACAUUUAAAAAAAAUCAGCAGCAGAAGUCUCUGGCUAAAUUUUCUGAAUAUAAUUCUGUGAAAAAUUCCGUUGUUUACUUUUUUUAAGAAACCACACAAAUCUUGCCAGCACUAUUUCUUCUUCCUGUAGAUUGUGAGUUCUAUGACACUACUGUGGGCAAAUCAGAUGUUCUGGUACAUACGGUAAAGUUUCUGCUUACUUGGUAAUGCUUUGUUUAUGCAGAUUUUGGAAGAAUGUUCUUCUUGGAAUUCUUAAUCAUUUGCAAUGCAUUCAGGAGGACCACUUUCCAUUGAAGUUGCUCUCCCGGUUGUGUUAUUAAAGUAUUAAGAUUAGCUUUAUUUGUCACAUGUACAUCAAAACUACAGUGAAAUAUAUUGGUUGCAUCAAAUCAACUCAGCAAGGCUGUGCUGGGAGCAGCCUGCACGUCUCACUUUCAGUGCCAACGUAGCAUGCCCACAACUCACUAAUGGUAACUGCACAUCUUUGGAAAGUGGCAGGAAACAGAACACCCAGAGGAAACCAACACAGUCAGGGGAGAACACACAAACUUCUCCCAGGCAGCAUCGGGAAUUGAACCCGAUGUUCCAGUCUGUGAAUUGUUGCGCUGACCGUUAUGCUCCCAUGCUGCCCCUGAGUCACAGGGCGGGGGCAGUGAAGAUCUGCCUGCAGGGCUCAGAGUGGAUCAGAGUCAUCCAGAAUCUUGUAUUUCUGUUAACGUGGUAUUCAUAUGUAGAGUAUGUUGGCAAUUGAAUUUAGAAACUAAUGUGCAGCCUUUAAAACCCGAGUUCUGAUCAAAGAACCGAUAAUAACAGAUUAAAAAUUGUUUCUUCACCUAGUUAAUCUUUUCCCUGAUUUAGGAAUGUUUUUAGCAUCCUUAAACAUAACAGUAAGCACUUAAGCAUUGUUUUUUCCAAGAAGAUACCCGGCUAGAGACUAGGAAUGCACAGUCAUACUCAUUUAGACCUCCAAGCAGUCUACAGGGCAUUGAAAGAAAGUUAAGCAGAUCCUCAGGUACUGAUGUUAUAAUUUCACACACAAUCAUUAAUCAUGUUAUCUCCAUGAAGGUCCACCAUUUCCAUAGUUUGGAACUGCAGAUCAAUGCCGAAAGAGAUUGUGCACGUACAAGUAGACAAGCAAGAAAUCUUGUCUCGUCCCUGCUUACCCACUCUAGGUACUAACAGACCCGUCACUCUCUUAAAUUAGCAUUUGCUUACCUAAGACUUCGGGGAAGUACAAAAGAAAGAUACUGCAGAUUCUAGGAAUCCACUCUGUUUUACAGACGUCGUGCAAAGUAUCUUUGGUAAACCUUUUUGAAGGCUGUUUUAUUUGAUGUGGUGAGGACUCCAUCUUAGGCUCUUAGCAGCCCAUUUCCAGUUAGAGAAAUCAUAUAUGAAACCUUACUAUGACUCAUCUGCCUCAUUUCAGACUGACACCAACCCGUCACUACCACUCCCACCUCUUCAUUGUGCCAAAUUAUAUGGAAAAGGCAAAGGUGUUCAGCUACUAAUCUUUUUUGCAGGCUCCAUUAGCAUUUAGUGCCCACCACUUGCUGCUGCCUUGCUUUUAUCAAUUUACAUGUUCACCCUGGCAUCCAGUUAAGCACCACGUAGACACAGCCUUCUGCGUUCUUUACUGCUCUCUUAAUCCUAGGGUUAUUAAAGCCAUUAGAUUAAGAAGUAGAAUUCAGCCAUUUGGACCAUUGAGUCUCCUCUGCCUUCCAUCAUGGCCAAUUUGUUAUCUCCUCUCAAUCCAAUUCUGCCUUCAAUAUUUGAUAGGUUUCAAUGAGAUCUCGCUCAUUCUUAUAAACAACAGCGAGAAUAGAGCCAUUGUGUGGAUUCAACACGAUAACAAGCACGGGAGCGGCAAAAUGAUCCUGGCUGUGAGGAGCGUGAGGGAGUUACCCUUUUCCAGGACAGCUGGUGUCCAGCCGACGCCUGACAACGUCACAACCGACCAGAGACUUUUUUAAAAUUUAGGGAUAGAGUGCGGAACAGGCCCUUGCAAUCCAAUGAGCCAUGUUGCCCGUCAGCCCACCUAUUUAACCCUAGCCGAAUCACAGGACAAUUAACCCACUAACCAGUACGUCUUUGGAACGUGGGAGGAAACCAGAGCACCCAGGUGCUCACGGGAUGGAGGUACAAAACUUCUCACAGAGGACACCAGAAUUGAACUCUGAACUCUGACACCCCGAGCUGUUAUAGCGUGGCACUAACCUCUGCUGUGGGAUGGCAUACAAACAGGUCUUCUGUGUACAGUUUGCAGCCAGCUACUUCUGGUGAUCGAUAACAUAGAUCGAUAAAUAAGAUAGAUAACAAAAAAAGCUUAAUUAGGCUUCAUGUGAAAGGGGGCUUUAAAGAUAGAACAAAUGUUAUUUUAUUUUGGGAUGCCUCAUGGUAACAGGACCUUCUGACUCAAUGAGCCCACGCCGCCCAUUAACAUGCAGAUGACCGAUUAACUUGUUCAUCUUUGGAAAGUGAGAGGAAAGGAGAGCACUUGGAGGAAACUCCUACAGUAACGGGAAGAGCAUACAGACUCUGGACAGCAGUGGAACUGAACCCAGGUCACAGAGCGUUACACUAACCGGUAGUUUGCAGUGAACUGUCUCAUGUAAACAACGUGUAGAUAAUAAAAAUACAAGUUAAAAAUGUGAAAUGUUUUAAAGAAAGAAAGAGCAGGUUGGUUGAAACAAAAUCGAAUGUACACUUGCACGACAGUUCAUUACAGAUAGACUAGAGAAGUGAAUUGUUUUACUUAGAUGAAAAUUCGCACCAUCUGCUAUGAACAAAUAAAAGUAAAUUUAUUAUCAAAGUGCGUAUAUGUCACCAUAUACAACCCUGAGAUUCAUUUCCUUGUGGGCAUACUCAAUAAAUCUCCAGAAUAGUAACUAUAACAAUGAGAGACCACACAACUAGUGUGCUCACUCAGAGGGCAGGAGACAAGUAGUGCAAAUAGAAAGAAGAAGGUGAGUCCAUUGGCUGUGGGAACAUUUCAAAAAGUGGCAAGACAGGAUUUGGGUUGCUAAGAUCGUAAACGGGAGCCCUUAUGAAGCUAGUUCCACCACAGCCAACAAUACAGCCUGUAAUGACUUACAAAAACAAAGAAUGGUGGAAAUACGAAACAAACAGUGCAGCUUCUAUGAGAGAGAAACAGUUAACGUCACAAAAGCAAGAAAAUCUACAGAUGCUGAAAAUCCAAAGCAAGACAAAAUGCUGGAGGGAUUCUGCAGGUCAAGCAGCAUCUACGGAAAAGAGUAAACAGUCAACGCUUCAGGCCAAGACGCUUCAUCAGGACAGAAUUAACAUUUCAGGUUGCUGUGGAAGAGCAUGAUUUUGUGGAAUAUGGCAUCAUUUGAAUUUGAGGAGAAGGUGGAGCUCCAACCAUAGACUUCAAUCUACAGAAGAGAUUACAUAAUUCAUCUUUAAAUAAUGACCCUUUUGCUCCAUUCUGUGAUGCUGUUGUAAUGCCAGAAAGCUGGUGACUGUAGGGAAUUGUCCCUAUGCUUCUGAAUAGUCUUGGCCAGGAGUAAUGAGUUUGGUGUUGGGAGGAAGAAGGUUAGGAGAUAUCUGGAGAAUCAAAGUGGACCAUAUGAAAAGCAGCUAGCAGAAAAUAUAAAUGUUUUAAGCAAAAGCAAAUUGCUUUAGAAGUACUAUUCUCUUCGCAGAAAUCAGCAUUGAAAGGUUUCUGAGUCAGUAAUUUAGAAGCUUUACAGUGCCUGUAAAAAGUGUUCGUGUUUUAUUGUUUUAUAACAUUGAAUCACAGUGGAGUUAAUUUAGCUUUUUUUGACACUGAUCAACAGAAAAAGACUCGUGUCAAAGUGAUCUAAAUUAAUUACAAAUAUAAAACACAGAAUAAUUGAUUGCAUAAGUAUUCACCCCCUUUAAGUCAGCAUUUAGUAGAUGCACCUUUGGCAGCAAUUACAGCCUUAAGUCUAUGUGGAUAGGUCUCUAUAAGCUUUACACAUCAGGACACUGCAAUGUUUCCCCAUUCUUUACAAAACUCCUCAGGCUGUGUCAGAUUGCAUGGGGAUCAUGAGUGAACAGCCCUUUUCAAGCCCAGCCACAAAUUCUCAAUUAGAUUGAGAUCUGGAAUCUGACUUGGCUACUCCAGGACAUUAACUUUGUUGUUUUUAAGCCAUUCCUGUAUAGCUUUGGCUUUAUGCUUGGAGUCGUCGUCUUGCUGGAAAACAAAUCUUCUCCCAGACCAUAGUUCUCUUGCAGAUUGCAUCAGGUUUUCCUCCAGGAUUUCCCUGUAUUUUGCUGCAUUCAUUUUACCCUCUACCUUCACAAGCCUUCCAGGGCCUGCUGCAGUGAAGCAUCCCAACAGCUUGAUGCAGCCACCACCAUGCUUCACAGUAGAGAUAGUGUGUUUUGAUGAUGUGGGGUGUUUGGUUUAUGCCAAACAUAGCAUUUACUCUGAUGGCCAAAAAGCCCAAUUCUGAUUUCAUCGGACCAUAGAACCUUCUUCCAGCUGACUUCAGAGUCUCCCAUAUACCUUCUGGCAAACUCUAGCUGAGAUUUCAUGUGAGUUUUUUCAACAGUGGCUUUCUCUUCACCACUCUCCCAAAAAGCUGCAACUGGUGAAGCACCUGGGCAACGGUGGUUGUAUGCGCAGUCUCUCCCAUCUCAGCCACUGAAGCUUGUAACUCCCCCAGAGUUGUCAUAUAUUUCUUGGCGGCCUCCCUCACUAAGUCUCCUUCUUGCACGGUCACUCAGUUUUUGAGGACGGUGUGCUCUGGGCAGAUUUACAGCAUUUCUUGAUGAUCGAUUUAACUGUACUCUAAGGGAUAUUCAGUGACUUGGAAGUUUUCCAUCUCCUGACUUGUACUUUUCAAUACCCUUUUCACAGAGUUGCUUGGAGUCUUCUUUUGUCUUCAUGGUGUAGUUUUUGCCAGGAUACUGACUCACCAGCAGUUAGUGUCUUUUUACUACAAUCAAUUGAGACACCUUGACAGUGUUCUCCAUUUAACUAAUUAUUUGACUUCUAAAACCAAUUGGCUGCACCAGUGACAAUUUGGUUUGUCAUAUAAAGGGGGUGAAUAAUUAUGCAAUCAAUUACUUUGUGUUUUAUAUCUGUAAUUAUAUCAUUUUGUAGAGAUUUAGAAACAUAGAAAACCUAAGCACAAUACAGGCCCUUCGGCCCACAGUGCUGUGGCGAACAUGUACUUACUUUAGAAAUUACCAAGGGUUAUCCGUAGCCCUCUAUUUUCCUAAGCUCCAUGUACUUAUCCAGGAAUCUCUUAAAAGACCUCAUUGUAUCCGCUUCCACCACCGUUGCCGGCAGCCCAUUCCACGCACUCACCACUCUCUGCGUAAAAAACUUACUCCUGAUAUCUUUUCACUUUUGUUUUCACUUUGACACAAAAGAGACUUUUUUCGGUUGAUCCGUGUCAAUAAAAGCCAAAUUAAAUCCACUGUGAUUCAAUGUUAUAAAAAAUGAAAACUUUCAGUGGGGUGGGGGUUAAUAAUUUUUUAGGCACUAUUGCCUCUCGUAUCCAUAAUGACAGAGCAGAUCAAACCCAUGAUCUGAGAUGCCUCUACCUCAUUCCAACGUCAAUGUCAGCUUGGAAAGGGGUAGAAGGAGGCUUCCAUUUGGAUAAAAUGAUUUAAGGGCAGUGUUUGGACUGAAACUUUUCUCAUCCAAAUAUGGAUAAUAAAAAAUUCCUAUAUCAUUCUUUUAUUCUGGAAUUUCACCGACACUGAGCAUAAAGAUUAACCCAAUAUCUAUUCUGUGCUUCGUGCCAGAUUUUGCAACUGAAUUGAUCCCAGUGGAUCAAACACAAAAAUAGUUUCAUACCAGUCCUUUGUGAUCUCUCAUCCCAAGCUGCAGUGUAGCAAAAAGCCUGGCUCGCAUCCAAUUUUGUUUCUGUCAGAUGAAGAUUCAUAUCUUGAGAUGGGCCAGAAAAAAGUGAAAGGGAAUGUUAGAGUCAGGAUCAGGUUUAAUAUCACAGGAAUAUGUCAUGAAUUUUGAACAUUGACUUCUCAAACUUCCACUAAUGCCCCACCUUCCCCUCGUACCCCAUCCGUUAUUUAUUUAUAUACACACACAUUCUUUUUCUCUCUCUCCUUUUUCUCCCUCUGUCCUUCUGACUAUACCCCUUGCCCAUCCUCUGGGUUCCCCCCCCCCUUUUCUUUCUCCCUGGGCCUCCUGUCCCAUGAUCCUCUCAUAUCCCUUUUGCCAAUCAACUGUCCAGCUCUUGGGUCCUGACGAAGGGUUCCAGCCCGAAACGUCGACCGGUCUUUUCCACUGAUGCUGCCCGACCUGCUGAGUUCCUCCAGCGUGUUGUGAGUCUUGGCUCCAUCCCUCCCCUCCUGUCGUCUCCUAUCAUUUUGGAUCUCCCCCUCCCCCUCCCACUUUCAAAUCUCUUACUAGCUCUUCUUUCAGUUAGUCCUGACGAAGGGUCUCGGCCCGAAACGUCGACUGUACCGCUUCCUAGAGAUGCUGCCUGGCCUGCUGUGUUCACCAGCAACUUUGAUGUGUGUUGCUUGAAUUUCCAGCAUCUGCAGAAUUCCUCAUGUCAUGAAAUUUGUUGUUUUUGCAAUACAUAAGUAAAAAUAUAAAUUACAAUAGUAUAUAUAGUGCAAAAAGAGAACAAAAAAUUGUGAAUAGUGUACAUGCGUUCAUUGUCCAUUCAGAAAUUUGAUGGUGGAGAUAAAGGAACUCUUCUGAACCCUGAGUGUGUGUCUUCAAGCUCCCAUACCUUCUUCUUAAUGGUAGCAACGAGGUGGGUGAUGGGUGGGGCCCUUAGUGAUGGAUGCCACCAUUUUGAGGCAUUCCCCUUUCGAAGGUGUCCUCGAUGCUGGGAAUCGCGGAAUCUGGGCAGUUUAUUAUAUUUUAUACUAAAUGGACACUCAUCAGUUGCUAUUCCUGAAAUUAAUUAAGCCCAGGAUGAGGUUUACUUGAAAAUAUUCAGAGUAUUCUGUUUAGUCCUGCUUAAAGAAAAUACACAGCUUAUCCCACAUAUGACUGAUAGCCCACUCAAGGCACACCAGCAGCUUGGGAUUCAUUUGAAGCUGUAAAGAAAUAACAGAGUAUGUGUGAUGAUAUCUACCCGUGAGGAAUCCUUCAUUCUUGCAGGAUAAUGUCCUAUUUUAUUCAUGAGUUCUGGAAACUUUAUCACACCGCCUUUGCAAUUCCGUGAGAGUAAACAGAGAUAUUUUAUUAAAAGUUUAUUUUCAAGCAUCUGCAACUUCCCAACUUCUUGUCCCUGAAAUGAGGAGGAGAUUUUUGUCGGGAUUGCAGAUGAAAACCAGCUGAUGGUCAGGCUCCCCUCCCCUUUAUUCACCCACCAAUUACCUUUUAGCAAACACUGAUCUGCAGUGCAGGCAGCAAUUUUCCAUCUGAAAGAGACAGAUACAGUGAUGCCUUCAUGAUAGACCACAAUUCCACAGUCAGGAGUGUGAUCCCUAGAUUUUUUUCCAGUUGAAAGAUUCUGGCAUGGAGUAUAAGAAGAUUACUUGUCCAGAAGGAAAAUUAGAUCCAAAACUAAAUUUGCCCUCUUCCACGGUUCACACUUUGAACAGGGAAUUACAGUAGCAUACCUGAUUCCUUGCAGCGCCAGAUCAAGAAUGGAAGCAGGAAUGAAAGAAUAGAGCAAAAGAAAAUAAUUUUCUCCUGAUGAAGGUUAAGGGAAGACUUGGAGGAGUGGUUCAAAGUAAAGGGCUUGAUAUUAAUUCAGGAGGAAGUGGGUAGUCAGAGGACAAAAAGUCAUUGGCAAAAUAAAAAUGACAGCGUGAAGAAGAAGUGUUUAAGCAGUGAGCUGUCACAAUUCAAUGAGACAAUUGGACUUGAAGGGGAAAAUAUUACUAGUCUGUUGGAAGAAGUCAGAGAAAGGGGCCUAAUUGUUAGUUCUUUCAAUCAGUUCCUACAGUCUGUUCUAACUGGAUUUGACUCACUUUUCUGGUUGCUAGCUCCCGCUCAGAUGAAAUAGGAAUAAUGCCUGUAUCUCCAUAGUGCUUUACAGACUUCAUAUUUCUUUAAAUUCUUACAGGUACUAUUUUGCUAAGCAGCUAUGGAGCUAUAUUGCAUUGCUUGCAAAAAUAUGAAUUUUGAAUUAGUCUGUUCUUUGCUCGUUAGUUGAAUUGAGAUAAAUGUUUCCCAAGAUAAUGAGAGAACCCUGUGCUUUAGAAUAAUGCUAGGAUAAUUGAAUGUUUUCCGCAGCCGUGGCACCUUUUUGUUUCGAUUAGCCAUUAGAAAAAUAAUUCCUGAUGCUCUGAUCUAAACCUGACUGUGACAGUUUGAAUGAAAAUGUUACUUGAAUUAUAUGGCAGUCUUAAGGGCAGUGAAAAUUAGUGCCAGCUCUGAAGGAGUAAAUGUUCAUGGUUCUCGUCUAUACCAUCACGUUUGUUACAUUUACAAUAGAAGUGCUGGAUCUUUGUGCAAAUUAUAAACAGAAAGGUACUUAGACUUGUAUUGCUGUCUGUCAGUAUGUACUGUACAUGGUUGAAUGUUUCAGUGCUUCCUCUAGCUAUCUUUAUAUAAAUUGGAACAGAAGCAAAAUUCAAUGAGGAGACAUUUUCCCAGCAAGAGAAAAAUUUCUACAAUAUGAAUAUUAUAAAAUUAAUUUAAAUACAGUUUCUCUGAAUGAUACAGGGACAAUUAAACAUAAAGGUUUUUAAGAGUAAUUGUCUACUUAUUUCAUAUUGGUUCCAUUCUCAACUCUGAUAUAAAGUUUAUCAUUAUCUCAGUGCCUAUUUUCUUUUUCUCAGAGCAUGAUGAUCCACACCGGGCAGAGCUGAAAAUGGUUUUAUUUGGCUCAGGGCUACAGGCAUAGGCUUUGGGGAGUGGUGGCGGGGCUUUGGAGGGUUAUCCUCCCUUCCAAAUCUGGCCAAGACCUUGACAACCUUAUUGACUCGAUAUUUCUUUCCAACUCAGUGACCACGAGGGCAUGAUGCCCAAUCUCCAGAAAUGUUCCUGACCCCACUCCCAUUCACGUUUCUUUG